AUGGAGCCAGAAAGUCCUCCAGAGAACGAAAUGAUGAAAGGUAACAAUAAUCCAAAUUCACCUCCUCCCAAGUGUCAUAAGAGAGGCCAGUGGGCCAACAAGAGGGAGUUUCUGUUGGCAGUAGUUGGAGAGGUUAUUGGUCUGGGCAACGUUUGGAGAUUUCCAUAUCUCUGCUUCAAAAAUGGAGGAGGUAAUAAUUUGAUUAAAAAUCUUACUGUUCAAAUAAUAGAGAUAAAGACAAUGUACAGAAACACAAAAUGACUUGCUGCAUUUAUCAACAAGACUUUGAUUGUUCUGACCUCUUGUGCUGUUUUCACAUGAUUUUGCCUUGUAGGAGCGUUUUUGGUCCCUUAUUUUUUCUUCCUGUUUGCCUUUGGGAUUCCCACCUUCUUCCUGGAGGUUUCUCUGGGACAGUUAACUGGUCAAAGUGGAAUCACAUGUUGGAGAAACAUAUGUCCUUUAUUUGAAGGUAGAGCUCAGCAAAUGUCCCACUGUAUACAGGAUAGACUAUGGGAGCAUACUGAUGAAUAUACAAGUUGAUCUAAUAUAUGAUUUUGGUGUAUUAUCAUUUUUCUUUAGGUAUAGGCAUAGGGGGUUUGGUGUUGAUGCUUUACACUGUGAUGUAUUAUAUUGUCAUCCUGGCUUGGGCUUUCCUUUACCUCUUCUCCACCUUCCAUGAUGUUCUCCCCUGGGCCAGCUGUAACAACACCUGGAACACAGGUAAAAGUAAACACAUACUCUAAAGUGUUAGUUAAUUAUGUUAUAUGGCUAAAUUUAAAGAGGAUUAUUGGUUAUACCAUUUAUAAUGUUGUUCUCUCUCUCCCUUUCUCAUACAACAAAGUGUGUUGUAACUUGUCUUCCUUCUCCACUGCCAGAGUACUGUGUGGAUAAUCACAUGGAUCAUUCUUCAAAAGUCAAUAUUUCUCAGAAUACAACUUCUUCAGUUGGAGAAUUCUGGCAGUAUGUGAUGUUUAAAAAACUGUAACUUAACACCAAAAGUUCAUUUUUGAGGAAAUCGACUCUUAGAGACAUGGUUUCUAAACAUGUGUUUUGUUGUGUUCAGGAGGAGAGUCCUGGGUUUGUCCACAGGAAUAGAGGAGAUGGGAGGUGUCCGCUGGGACCUCGCUGGAUGUCUUUUGCUGAGCUGGAUUAUUUGUUACUUCUGUAUCUGGAAAGGAGUCAAGUCUGCAGGAAAAGUGAGCUGGCUAACAUAUUUGUUCACAUCUCUUUUUUCUUGCCAGUGUGGAUGUGUUGAAAAAGAUGAAAUGUCUUUUUUUUUUUUUUAUCUCUGCCUGAUUGAGUCUUUAUUUCCGCCUGCUCCCUUGAUUUAAAUUUCUCAUUCAACUCUCUUAUCUGCCUCUCUUAUUUGUAGGUGUUGCAUUUUUUGAUUUGUUUGUGAAGGCACUUGAACUUUACCAGCUCUCUUAUUCUCUGCCUCAGCAAAUGCAUGACAAUCCUGAGGGACUGAAUCAAACUCGGCUGCAAGUUUUGAUUGAUCUCACCCAUACCCAUGCUUCUGUAUCUUUUUACAGGUUGUCUACUUCACAGCCACAUUUCCCUAUGUAAUGAUGACUGCUUUGCUGAUCCGUGGAGUGACACUACCAGGGGCCUCAGACGGUAUCAGGUUUUACCUGUCUCCUGACCCGUCUCGUCUGGCUGAUCCUCAGGUCAGACACAAAUCUGGGUGAUUGGUGGGUUGGUUUACAUUAUUGGUCCAUACAUUGAUAUUUUUAUUUCUCUCCCUGAGGUAUGUGUGUGUGCGUGUGUGUGUGUGUGUGUGUGUGUGUGUGUGUGUGUGUGUGUGUGUGUGUGUGUGUGAUAAGAAUUGAACAAUAAAACCAGAAAUACUCACUUUAAUUUUAUUGUUUAAAGGUGUGGAUGGAUGCUGGGAGCCAGAUUUUAUUCUCCUAUGCUGUCUGCACAGGCUGUGCGGCAUCUUUGGGAAGCUACAACAAAUUCAACAACAACUGCUAUAAGUAAGGACAAAGAUCUAUUCUGAUUUAGUUUUUUUUUUUAUAUAACUAACUUUUCAUAUCUUUUUCCUUCACAGAGAUGCUUUUGCUCUGUGUCUACUGAACAGUGCUACCAGCCUUUUUGCUGGCUUUGCAAUAUUCUCCGUCCUCGGGUUCAUGUCAUAUGAGCUGGGUGUCGACAUCAAAACAGUGGCUGAAUCAGGUUUGACACUUUGUGAUUUGUAACUAAGACAAUAGUAUGUGUUGCCCAUAACUGUACUAACAAUAAUAAAUAUAAUGAAUAAUAUUUUUAUUUAUUUAUUUAUUUAUUAAUAAUAAUCAAUAAAUAUAAUAAUAAAUAUUGAUAUCUUCUGCUUCUAGGUCCUGGCCUGGCUUUCAUUGCGUAUCCUCGGGCAGUAGCUAUGAUGCCCUUACCCCAGCUGUGGGCUGCCUUCUUCUUCAUCAUGAUAAUCUUACUUGGGCUGGACAGUGAGGUGAAGUAACAGUAUUAAACUCUGUUAAUUACUGUAUGCAAGACAGCAACUUAAGAAGUGAAUUUUUAAACCUGGUUUUGGCUUUGGCUUUGACGAAACAGAAGAAAACUAGCAGAUUUUUUCAGUAGUUUUAAUAAAAACUAACAUGCCGGCUCGUUCAAACAGUACUGCUAACAGAAACAGUCCUGCCUUAGAGAAAAACAAUAUGUGAAAGUCAUCCUGCAGUCACAAGAGCAAAAACAAUCUCUGCCAUGUACCAUUUUAAUUUCAGAGAUAUUCAUUUCACAUAAAGAGUCGAAGUUUAAUCUAUGAAUCUUUCCCUACACAGUUUGUCUACCUGGAAGCUCUGGUUACAUCUGUAUCAGACUUGUAUCCAUCCUUCUUCUACGUUGGUCACAGACGUAAACUCCUCUUGCUGCUCUCCUGUGCCGUGUCUUUCCUUGUUGGGCUCUUUAUGGUCACCGAAGUGAGUUUUUUGUGUAACUUUGUGAUUUUAAAUACAUUAUUUGUUUGUGUGGUGCUUUUUUUGCCCACUGUUCAUGUGCUUAAAGCUUGAGCCUGUUCUCAGUACUACUUUAUCAAAAUCUUCAGACUCACAGGACAUCCAAAAUGGUCUUUAUGAGAGGCACCAAAUUAGAUCCAGUAAAAACCCAACUUCAGCAAUAUCAGAUACUCAAUACGAGAGUUUAAAUUAAUGUUGCGAAAGAUUCAUGAGUCAUUUUUUUGUCCAUAGUUUGGUGGGUCAAACAACACAAGAAUUUCACUCAGAAAACAAGAGUCUGUUAUUUUACCCCAGCAGAUAAUUUUCAAUCUCAACCAAGUUGAAGAGAAAAUCUGAUUUUAACAGUCGAAUGUGCCAUUAUUUAAGAAUCUUUGACAUGGAUAAUGUUGAAAAAAUAAGGUUGUUUUUCUGAGACAUGGGUAAUAAUUCUUGAUGAAGAAGAAAACAAACUCUCUUUCAUUCGUUUGUUUUCUUCAUUUCCUGCAGGGAGGACUGUAUGUGUUCCAGCUUUUCGACUAUUACGCCUGCAGUGGAAUUCCAUCGAUAAGUUUCGCCAUUUUGGAGUCUGUCUGUGUAGGAUGGGCUUAUGGUGAGAUGCAUGUACUAUCUUAAUCUGUCUAUCAGCACUUCAUAAACAUUUUAGUGAGAGACAAAACCAUUUUCUACAAGAUGUAGUUAGUUGGGAAAUUUGCACUUUGGUCCAGUUUCAUGCAGCCGUAAAACUGACUUUGCAUGAUGAAUUACCUGACAAGUUUUUACUCCUUAUUUUGCCUUUUUAAAUGUCCUAAUUGUUGAAUCAAAAUGUUUGACCCAUGAAUCCUACAAUGUUUAUCUCCAAGGUGCAGAAAAUUACUACAAUAAUCUGAAGGACAUGAUAGGCUAUCGCCCUUCACCCUACAUGAAAUUUUGUUGGAAGUACAUCAUCCCAUGUGUAUCCACAGUAAGUAAAUGAAAAGAAUUUGUGUUCCUUAAAGACAAAAUUGUCAUUUUUAUGUUAAGUAAACUCUAAGACAAUGGUUUCCAACCUUUUUUCCAUGAGGCUCAUCUUAAGUUCUGUCAGAAAUAAACAUCAGUUUUAAUGUUUUUACCCAAAGAAGUAAGGAAAAAUUGAUUUACAACUUACACAGUUUUACAAACCACCCCUUAAGAGUGCUAUCAUGGUGUUAGUUGAUACGUACAAAUCUAAUUUUGACAACCCUGGAGCAGACAAACCUGACUCCCCCUGAGAUCUCUGGCUUCUCUUCGUUUGGUCGCCUGAACCUCAGACUGGGACCCACUUAAACAUGCUUUACCUCUUUGUUUUCAGUCAAAGUUGUGUGUUUUCACAGGGCAUGCUGCUGUUUACUCUGGUUAAAUUCACCCCUCUGAGAUACAACAACACCUAUGAGUAUCCCUGGUGGGGUUACGCUCUGGGCCUUUUCCUUGCUCUGACUUCAGUCCUCGUGGCUCCUCUGUGGAUCCUCUACAGUCUGGCGGUAACUCCAGGAACUCUGAGACAGGUACUCUUACAUUACACGCAUACAGAGUUUAAGAUUACUUAACCUUAUUUUUCUUUUUCUAAUGUUUUUUUUUCUUUUCUUCUCACAGAGACUAAAGGUGGUGACGACUCCAGCGAAUGAUCUCUUGAGAGCCAAACUGGAGAAAAAUGUCGACUCUGACACAGAUCUGUCCUCCAAUGGUCAUGAGCUGUGUGCUUUGAACACAGCAGACAAAUCUUCAUCUUCGAAUCAUGUUUGAAAUCUUGUGCUUGUCCCAGGAGCUAACAAAAUGUAUAUAAAUAUAAUUGUUUAUGAAAAUGAGUGCUAUAUAAACCACAGCUUUUGACAAAAUUCCAUUGAUCCCAAUGGCAGUUUCUUGCUAUUUUAGUCAGAAUUCAAUGUUUGUCUAAUUUUGCUUAACUCAAAAGCUUUUAGUGGAGGAUAAUUUUGGAUUGUAAAAUAUUUGAGUAAGGAUUUGAUGAAAUGCUAACCUUACAUGACUGCAUAGAUUUAUAUUUCGUAACUUUGCAACCUUGUGUUGUACAAAAAGUCACAAAUGUUUUUCAUCUACAAAAGAAUAUCAAAGAAUUUGACUUUUUUUUUUUUUACAGAAAAAUGUAAACACUAUCAUAAAAAUGACAAAAAACCCAAAUUCCAAAGAAGAUGGGACAUUGUGUUAACGUGAAUAAAAACAGAAUACAGUGAUUUGCUAAUGCUUUCCUAACUAUAUUCAAUUUAUUUCUCUUCAGUGACAAAUAUUAAAUGUUCAAACUAAUAAACUUCAUUAUUUAUUUGCAAAUAUUCUCUCAUCUUUAAUUUAAGAUGAGAUGAUAAUUUAAUUUUAAUCUUUAAAAAGUUUGGGAAAGCUGAGGAAUGCUAAAAAAACACCUGUUUGAAACACCUCACAGGUGGGCAGGUUCAUUGGAAACAGGUGAGGGUCAUAGUUAGACAUAAAUGGGACAUGAAAGACUGAGCCAUUCUCAAGCAAGGAUAGGGUUGGCUUCUCUGGGCAUGAGCUAGUCUGACAAAGUGGAAAAAUGUGCUGUGGUCUGACGAGCCCACAUUAAAGAUUAUUUUGGAGUCAUGGACAUGGUGUCCUUUAAGCUAAGGAGGAAAAGGAUCAUCCAGACUGUUAAAAGGUCAAAGUUCAAAGUUCAGCCGCUGUGAUGGUCUGUCCAUGGGUAACUGUCACAUCUGUGAAGGCUCCAUUAAAGCUGAAGGUACAUACAGACUUUGGAGCAACACAUUGUAUCUGUUGCCAUCAGAGACACGUCUUUUUCAGGAACAUCCCUGAGCCAAGACAUAUUCUGCAUGUGUUACAACAGCGGGGCUUCGUAGUAAAAGCGUGGCCGGCCUGCAGUCCAGAGCUGUCUUCCUCUGAAAAUGGAUGGCCCAUUAUGAAACUCAAAAUAUGACAACAGAGACCCUGGACUGAUGAUCAACUGAAGUUGUCCAUUAAGCAAGAAUGGGGAAAGAGUUUACCUUCAAAACUUCAAUAAUUAGUACCCUAAGUUCCCAAAUACUUAGUGAGAGCUGUUCAAAGGAAAGAUGAUGUAACAGUAAAUAUACCCCUGUCACAGCUUUUUUUUUUAGAAAAGUGGUGCUGGAAUCAAAAUUAAAAUAAGAGAAUAUUUGCAAAAAAAAAAAAAAAAAAAAAAACAUUAAAUACCUUGUCUUGUUAGAGCAUCAGUUGAACACAGGUUGGAAAGGAUUCGCAAAUCAUUGAAUUCUGUUUUUAUUCACAUUCUUCACAAAAUCCCAAUUUCACUGAAACUGGCGUUUGUAACUUCUGUCUAAAAACUGACGACAAAAAACCCACAUAAUUUUGGAAAAAUAGAAAUAAAAAAUAACAAUUUUGACCGUGAAAAUGUACUUUCAUAUGACAAAGCUUGAGACAAAAUGGAGACACUGACUUCAAGUAACUGUAGGUUGAUGUAUAUGAAUAUAAAUGUUUCUCAGAUGUGCUUGUUGCAGAGUUAAACAUUGAUCUCCAUGGUCAUGAGAGUUCAAGGGGGAGAAAAAGUCAGACAUUGUUAGAGUAAGACCCCCUGUUCAGCCUGUGAGUAUUGGUUUGAACUGUUCCUCUCAAAGUGCUCUGCUUAAACACCCAUGGUCCAUAUUUUGAUAAUUAUAAUAAAUCUAUUACAACAACACAAGUUUUACUUAAAAUUAUGUUCAUUUAUGUAUGGACAAGUAAUGUGUGAACCAAUGCCACAUGCGCAUUAAUAGCCGUACCUAAUUUGCAAUUUUAGAUUGCAAGACCACCCUUUGAACCUACGGAUAGUGUGGCUGAACAAUAGACUAUGCAAAGAAUGGACGGUCUGCCUCCUCGCUGGGUGAAGCCACCACGAGAACAGCACCCUCUGAUGGUGACAGGCUGCAGUACAGGUCAUAAAUCCUGCCUCCGCCAGCAAAGCUUAUGGGGCUGUGGACAAACUUUAGAAAUUUAUUUCAGAGACUAUACAUUUUUCCCCCCUGCUUGCAAUGUUGACAUGUAGUUAUUGUAAGACUGGUUUGUGCCCAAGUCCUCUUUUUUCUGUGCAGCUCCAUUUUUAAAAGUUAUUAGGGGGUUCAUGUUUUUUAUGACCGACUCUUAAAAUAAUGACAGAGGGUGGAGCCAAGAUGUCAGUAGCAUAUACAGUCUAUGAGUGUAAACUUGUCAUGAAAGCAAAUGAAUGCAGUGCAGAGCUUUUUAUUUACUUUUGCGUGAGACAACUUGUUGCAGAAUGCAGGGCGUUGAGGAAAUAAAUUGAGUCAGACUAUGAUUAACACCCGGUACAGCCUAUGGGCGUUCAGGGAUUGCGUAGCUCGCCUGGGGGGAGACGCUGUUUAAGUUGAGCGUCCUCACAGGAACUCUUGGCGACAGCGCGGCCGAAUGUGCGCAUCGCUACUGCGCAGCUCUGGCUUCAAGGAAGUGGAAAAAAACCCAGAAUUACCGAGAGCUUUUUGGCUUCAAAUCCGUAUACAGGCGCCAGGUUGUCCAUAAUAUUUACAGUCUAUAGGCUUAACUAAAUUUGAAACUAAAUCUGACACUAGCAUAAAACGGAGGCUUGGUAUAAGGAUUAGAGCUUCAUCCACCAGAAACUACCACCAACAGGUAUUUGCAUCCUAGCUCGCUGUAUUAGUGCAAAUGGGAGCAAAAAACAAACAAACUCCAGAGUUGUUAGUGCACUCUAAAAAGUGAUUCAUGGGGUUAGUAAGUACAGCUCAGAAUCAAGAGCUUUUUCUGCAUUAAAAAAAGUUUUAUCAUGUGUAUGCAUUAUAAUGAGAUGAUAAUUUAAUAAGUUGGUCUAAAUGACUUCAAAUAAAGUUGUCUUAACUCAAUAGUGGGUGAAUUUUCAACAGAUAUUUUUGCCGUAACAUAGAUGUGUAUUCAGUCAGCACAACUUAAAAUUCUGUGUUCAUGUUUGAUAAAAGCUGAGAGCAAGGCUGAUCUGCUCGGACAUGUUUAGCGCAAACACACCACGCACACGACUGUUGGAAGAAUACACUCUAAAAAAUGAUUAUGGGGUUGGUGAGUACAGCUAUAAAUCAAGAGCUUUAUCUGCAUAAAAAAAAACAAGUUUGUCAUGUGAAUGCAUUAGGGUUAGACAGAGAACUUUAUUUAUCCCUGAGGAGAAAUGCAAUGAUAAAUGUCCUAAAAGUCCGAUUACACACACUUUUAUUUUUCAUCUGAUCUUUCCAGCAGUUGACUUGUCCUAAAUGGAGCCAGAAAGUCCUCCAGAGAUAGAAGUGAUGAAAGGUGACAAUAAUCCAAAUUCACCUCCUCCCAAGUGUCAUAAGAGAGGCCAGUGGGCCAACAAGAGGGAGUUUCUGUUGGCAGUAGUUGGAGAGGUUAUUGGUCUGGGCAACGUUUGGAGAUUUCCAUAUCUCUGCUUCAAAAAUGGAGGAGGUAAUAAUUUGAUUAAAAAUCUUACUGUUCAAAUAAUAGAGAUAAAGACAAUGUACAGAAACACAAAAUGACUUGCUGCAUUUAUCAACAAGACUUUGAUUGUUCUGACCUCUUGUGCUGUUUUCACAUGAUUUUGCCUUGUAGGAGCGUUUUUGGUCCCUUAUUUUUUCUUCCUGUUUGCCUUUGGGAUUCCCACCUUCUUCCUGGAGGUUUCUCUGGGACAGUUAACUGGUCAAAGUGGAAUCACAUGUUGGAGAAACAUAUGUCCCUUAUUUGAAGGUAGAGCUCAGCAAAUGUCCCACUGUAUACAGGAUAGACUAUGGGAGCAUACUGAUGAAUAUAUAAAGUUGAUCUAAUACAGUACAGGCCAAAAGUUUGGACACACCUUCUCAUUCAAUGCAUUUUCUUUGUUUUCAUUACUAUUUAAAUUGUAGAUUCUCAAAACUAUGAAAGAACACAUGUGGAAUCAUGUGCUUAAGAAAAAAGUGUGAAAUAACUGAAAACAUGUUUAAUAUUUUAGAUUUCUCAAAGUAGCCACCCUUUGCUUUUUUUGAUAGCGCUGCAAACUUUAGCUGUUCUCUCAAUGAGCUUCAUGAGGUAGUCACCAGAAAUGGUUUUUACUUCACAGGAGUGCCUGAAGUAACCCUGACAAGGUACUUCUGUCAUCAAGAGCAAAGAGUGGCUAUUUUAAAGAAACUAGAAUACAAAACAUGUUUUCGGUUAUUUCACACUUUUUUUAUAAGUACAAAAUUCUACAUGUGUUCAUUCAUAGUUUUAAUGCCUUCAGUAAUAAUCUACAAUGUAAAUAGUCAUAUAAAAAAAAAAGAAAAGACAUUGAAUGAGAAAGUGUGUCCAAACUUUUGGCCUGUACUGUAUAUAAUUUUGGUGUAUUAUCAUUUUUCUUUAGGUAUAGGCAUAGGGAGUUUGGUGCUGAUGCUUUACACUGUGAUGUAUUAUAUUGUCAUCCUGGCUUGGGCUUUCCUUUACCUCUUCUCCACCUUCCAUGAUGUUCUCCCCUGGGCCAGCUGUAACAACACCUGGAACACGGGUAAAAGUAAACACAUACUCUAAAGUGUUAGUUAAUUAUGUUAUAUGGCUACAUUUGAAGAGGAUAAUCGGUUAUACCAUUUAUAAUGUUGUUCUCUCUCUCCCUUUCUCAUACAACAAAGUGUGUUGUAACUUGUCUUCCUUCUCCACUGCCAGAGUACUGUGUGGAUAAUCACAUGGAUCAUUCUUCAAAAGUCAAUAUUUCUCAGAAUAUAACUUCUUCAGUUGAAGAAUUCUGGCAGUAUGUGAUGUUUAAAAAACUAUAACUUAACACCAAAAGUUCAUUUUUGAGGAAAUCGACUCUUAGAGACAUGGUUUAUAAACAUGUGUUUUGUUGUGUUCAGGAGGAGAGUCCUGGGUUUGUCCACAGGAAUAGAGGAGAUGGGCGGUGUCCGCUGGGACCUCGCUGGGUGUCUUCUGCUGAGCUGGAUUAUUUGUUACUUCUGUAUCUGGAAAGGAGUCAAGUCUGCAGGAAAAGUGAUCUGGCUAACAAAUUUGUUCACAUCUCUUUUUUCUUGCCAGUGUGGAUGUGUUGAAAAAGAUGAAAUGUCUUUUUUUUUUUUUAUCUCUGCCUGAUUGAGUCUUUAUUUCCGCCUGCUCCCUUGAUUUAAAUUUCUCAUUCAACUCUCUUAUCUGCCUCUCUUAUUUGUAGGUGUUGCAUUUUUUGAUUUGUUUGUGAAGGCACUUGAACUUUACCAGCUCUCUUAUUCUCUGCCUCAGCAAAUGCAUGACAAUCCUGAGGGACUGAAUCAAACUCGGCUGCAAGUUUUGAUUGAUCUCACCCAUACCCAUGCUUCUGUAUCUUUUUACAGGUUGUCUACUUCACAGCCACGUUUCCCUAUGUAAUGAUGACUGCUUUGCUGAUCCGUGGUGUGACACUACCAGGGGCCGCAGAUGGUAUCAGGUUUUACCUGUCUCCUGACCCGUCUCGUCUGGCUGAUCUUCAGGUCAGACACAAAUCUGGGUGAUUCAAUCAAUCAAUCAAUCAAUCAAAUUUUAUUUAUAUAGCGCCAAUUCACAACAGUCGUCAUCUCAAGACGCUUUUCAAAUAAUAAUAAUAAUAAUACAUUUUAUUUGUAAAGCGCUUUUCAAAAACACAGAGACGCUGUACAGAGUUUAAGAAAUAAAAACAUACAUCAAUAAGUAAUAAAAUUUACGGCAAUAUAAUAAAAACAUGUAGAAUCAGGUAAAAUCCAAAUAACAAUAAAACACGCAUCAAUAAGUAAUAAAAUUUACGACAAUGUCAAUAAAAACAUGUAGAAUCAGGUAAAAUCCAAUGGGGGGGGGGGGCUAGGAAGGAUGAAAGGUAGUGCGGAAGAGGUGGGUUUUGAGAAGGGUCUUGAAUCUGGUGAGGUCAGUGCAGUUUCUGAGUUCGAGUGGGAGUGAGUUCCAGAGGGUGGGGGCGGCGACAAAGAACAAGAGCAGGUCUAGACCAUGCUGAUAGUUGAUGAUCAAGAACCAACCUAAGAUGGGUUUUGGCCCAUCUCAACUAACAUGAGUAGCAGUGGCAAGGAAAAACUUCCUUUUAACAGGCAGAAACCUUGGGGAGGACCAGACUCAUGUUAGACAGCCACCAUGCCGCUGCUGGGUUGGGGAGGAAUGUAGAGAGAUGGAGGGAGAGAGAGGGGAGAGGGCAGGGGGAGAGAGAGAGAGAACAAGAUAAGGGAAAGCGAGAGAGAAUGAUUGGUGGGUUGGUUUACAUUAUUGGUCCAUACACUGAUAUUUCUAUGUCUCUCCCUGAGGUAUGUGUGUGUGUGUGUGUGUGUGUGUGUGUGUGUGUGUGUGUGUGUGUGUGAGUGUGAGUGAUAAGAAUUGAACAAUAAAACCAGAAAUACUCACUUUAAUUUUAUUGUUUAAAGGUGUGGAUGGAUGCUGGGAGCCAGAUUUUAUUCUCCUAUGCUGUCUGCACAGGCUGUGCGGCAUCUUUGGGAAGCUACAACAAAUUCAACAACAACUGCUACAAGUAAGGACAAAGAUUUAUUCUGAGUUUUUUUUGUUGUUGAUAUAACUAACUUUUCAUAUCUUUUUCCUUCACAGAGAUGCUUUUGCUCUGUGUCUACUGAACAGUGCUACCAGCCUUUUUGCUGGCUUUGCAAUAUUCUCCGUCCUCGGGUUCAUGUCAUAUGAGCUGGGUGUCGACAUCAAAACAGUGGCUGAAUCAGGUUUGACACUUUGUGAUUUGUAACUAAGACAAUAGUAUGAAUAGUAUUGUGUUGCCCAUAACUGUACUAACAAUAAUAAAUAUAAUAAAUAAUAAUGUAUUUUUUAUUUAUUUAUUAAUAAUAAUAAUAAUAAAUAAAUAUAAUAAUAAAUAUUGAUAUCUUCUGCUUCUAGGUCCUGGCCUGGCUUUCAUUGCGUAUCCUCGGGCAGUAGCCAUGAUGCCCUUACCCCAGCUGUGGGCUGCCUUCUUCUUCAUCAUGAUAAUCUUACUUGGGCUGGACAGUGAGGUGAAGUAACAGUAUUAAACUCUGUUAAUUACUGUAUGCAAGACAGCAACUUAAGAAGUGAAUUUUUAAACCUGGUUUUGGCUUUGGCUUUGACGAAAUAGAAGAAAACUAGCAGUUUUUUUCAGUAGUUUUAAUAAAAACUAACAUGCCGGCUCGUUCAAACAGUACUGCUAACAGAAACAGUCCUGCCUUAGAGAAAAACAAUAUGUGAAAGUCAUCCUGCAGUCACAAGAGCAAAAACAAUCUCUGCCAUGUACCAUUUUAAUUUCAGAGAUAUUCAUUUCACAUAAAGAGUCGAAGUUUAAUCUAUGAAUCUUUCCCUACACAGUUUGUCUACCUGGAAGCUCUGGUUACAUCUGUAUCAGACUUGUAUCCAUCCUUCUUCUACGUUGGUCACAGACGUAAACUCCUCUUGCUGCUCUCCUGUGCCGUGUCUUUCCUUGUUGGGCUCUUUAUGGUCACCGAAGUGAGUUUUUUGUGUAACUUUGUGAUUUUAAAUACAUUAUUUGUUUGUGUGGUGCUUUUUUUGCCCACUGUUCAUGUGCUUAAAGCUUGAGCCUGUUCUCAGUACUACUUUAUCAAAAUCUUCAGACUCACAGGACAUCCAAAAUGGUCUUUAUGAGAGGAACCCGGCUCCAAAUUAGAUCCAGUAAAAACCCAACUUCAGCAAUAUCAGAUACUCAAUACGAGAGUUUAAAUUAAUGUUGGAAAAGAGUCAUUAGUCAUUUUUUUGUCCAUAGUUUGGUGGGUCAAACAACACAAGAAUUUCACUCAGAAAACAAGAGUCUGUUAUUUUACCCCAGCAGAUAAUGUUUUAUCUCAACCAAGUGGAAGAGAAAAUCUGAUUUUAACAGUCGAAUGUGCCAUUAUUUAAGAAUCUUUGACAUGGAUAAUGUUGAAAAUAUAUGGUUGUUUUUCUGAGACAUGGGUAAUAAUUCUUGAUGAAGAAGAAAACAAACUCUCUUUCAUUCGUUUGUUUUCUUCAUUUCCUGCAGGGAGGACUGUAUGUGUUCCAGCUUUUCGACUACUAUGCCUGCAGUGGAAUUCCAUCGAUAAGUUUCGCCAUUUUGGAGUCUGUCUGUGUAGGAUGGGCUUAUGGUGAGAUGCGUGUACUACCUUAAUCUGUCUAUCAGCACUUCAUAGGCAUUUAAGUGAGAGACAAAACCAUUUUCUACAAGAUGCAGAUAGCUGGGAAAUUUGCACUUUGGUCCAGUUUCAUGCAGCCAUAAAACUGACUUUGCAUGAUGAAUUACCUGACAAGUUUUUACUCCUUAUUUUGCCUUUUUAAAUGUCCUAAUUGUUGAAUCAAAAUGUUUGACCCAUGAAUCCUACAAUGUUUAUCUCCAAGGUGCAGAAAAUUACUACAAUAAUCUGAAGGACAUGAUAGGCUAUCGCCCUUCACCUUACAUGAAAUUUUGUUGGAAGUACAUCAUCCCAUGUGUAUCCACAGUAAGUAAAUGAAAAGAAUAUGUGUUCCUUAAAGACAAAAUUGUCAUUUUUAUGUUAAGUAAACUCUAAGACAAUGGUUUCCAACCUUUUUUCCAUGAGGCUCAUCUUAAGUUCUGUCAGAAAUAAACAUCAGUUUUAAUGUUUUUACCCAAAGAAGUAAGGAAAAAUUGAUUUACAACUUACACAGUUUUACAAACCAUCCCUCAAGAAUGCUAUCAUGGUGUUAGUUGAUACGUACAAAUCUAAUUUUGACAACCCUGGAGCAGACAAACCUGACUCCCCCUGAGAUCUCUGGCUUCUCUUCGUUUGGUCGCCUGAACCUCAGACUGGGACCCACUUAAACACACUUUCCUCUUUGUUUUCAGUCAAAGUUGUGUGUUUUCACAGGGCAUGCUGCUGUUUACUCUGGUUAAAUUCACCCCUCUGAGAUACAACAACACCUAUGAGUAUCCCUGGUGGGGUUACGCUCUGGGCCUUUUCCUUGCUCUGACUUCAGUCCUCGUGGCUCCUCUGUGGAUCCUCUACAGUCUGGCGGUAACUCCAGGAACUCUGAGACAGGUACUCUUACAUUACACGCAUACAGAGUUUAAGAUUACUUAACCUUAUUUUUCUUUUUCUAAUGUUUUUUUUCUUUUCUUCUCACAGAGACUAAAGGUGGUGACGACUCCAGCGAAUGAUCUCUUGAGAGCCAAACUGGAGAAAAAUGUCGACUCUGACACAGAUCUGUCCUCCAAUGGUCAUGAGCUGAGUGCUUUGAACACAGCAGACAAAUCUUCACCUUCGAAUCAUGUUUGA